AGCGCAGACGGGUUCGCAGACGACAGGGCGUGAAGCAGACGACGGGAAGGGGUGAGGAGCAGCGCGGCCGUUUGGUCCGUCUGGCUGGCGGUUGUUGGUUGGCUGGACAACGGCUGGUGGUGACGACGGCGGAGGCAAAGGCGUAGAGGCGACAGCAGCUGGUGAUUUGUUGCGUGCAGUGGGCCAGUCGUUGCGAGUGACCAUUAUUUGUUCCGCAUUGUGGUCAAGCUUGGUAGGAAAACCGUUCCGCAUAUAGUACAGGUAGCCGCCCGACCCGCAGUCCGUUGUUAUCUAACGGCGGCGGAGAAGGUCGGGAGCGAGGUUUUGGAGUGGCUCGACUUUCGGCGGAGAGCUGCUCGUCACCCAACUGGACUUGGCGCGUGUUCGCCGGUUCGGUUUCCGAGAGGACGACGUUCUGUUAUUGCUAACGGGGUACGGUGCUAAACAAACCGCGAACAAGCGGAUAGGAGAAAUCGGCAAACGACAGAUCCCACCAGCCACUGCGCGAAGCGGAAGACGACGGCGACAACGGUGGAAGCCGAAAGCGGACAACAGUGCAGAAGACGGAUCGCGGCAGUCAUUGCUACACUGCGAGUAAAGCAGACGACGCAGCUGGAGCACACGACGCCGGGACGCCUACUGUUUGUACAAGAGAAAAAAAAAAGCAUUUAAAGAUGGCGGAAGCAGUACCUCUGUAACAGAGCGGUUCGAGUUCGCUUUGAUUCUGUCUCAGCGACACACAAAACGACGAUCCACGGUUGCCGGGAACGUCGACGUGCGAUUCAACAUUUAAGGAUGCUGCAUGUGGUAAACCGCAGUGUGAAGUAGGUGUGACCGAUUUUGCGGCAUCGAAACGACAUUCCGUGGACACAAUCGGCGCCGGUGUGUUGCUUUUAUGUAUCGUGCGCCCGAAGUGGAGAAGGAGGUGUCGGUCUUGACAAGUGUAGGUGACUUAUUGGGAACCAGCGGCAUUUGUUUAGAACGGCCAAAGCGUUAGGAAGUGAACAAAAAUUUAAAUAGAACAAGGCCUAUAGGAUUUACUGUACUACUGUCGAACUGAUACUUUUCUGUUUCUUUCGUUAUCCUACUGUGAACUGUUUAAGGACAGCGUGCUUUUGAGGUCACAGCCGGACAAUUUUUCGAAAAAAAUCUCUCGAAGACGUCUUGAUGCCGGCCGGAUUCAUGAUGGAUAUAUCCCGCCAUUCCUCGUCGAGCGAGCUCGGAGGACAGCUCAUGUCGCAAGGCGAGCAGGAACUGGCCACCAAGAUGCUCCAGAUCCAGUCCAAGAGGUUCUACCUCGACGUCAAACAGAACCGCAGGGGUCGCUUUAUCAAGGUGGCCGAGGUGCAGCAGGUGGGGGUAGUGGGUAGGAAAAGUCGUCUUCUUCUCGCCAUGUCGACAGCAGCUGAGUUCAGGGACCACCUGACAUCCUUCAGUGAACUGUAUGCCUCUUUGGGUCCCCCAAAUCCAGAGAACCUGCCUGAGGAUGGCAAGUUGAAAAGUGAGAUCAUGAUUAAGGACAAUAGGCGUUACUACCUGGACCUCAAGGAAAACUCCAGGGGGCGAUUUCUAAGGGUGUCCCAGACGAUAGCACGAGGUGGUCCUAGGUCCCAGAUUGCCAUUCCCGCACAGGGUAUGAUCGAGUUCCGUGACGCACUCACAGAUUUACUAGAAGAGUUUGGCACAGACGAUGGAGCUUUCAAAGGAGAACUACCCGAGGGGCGCCACAUGCGCGUAGAAAACAAGACGUUUUAUUUCGACAUUGGGCAGAAUACCCGAGGCAUCUACAUGCGCAUCUCAGAGGUGAAGAACAACUUCCGGGCGGCCAUCACCAUUCCAGAGAAGUCGUGGUCGCGCUUUAGGGACUCCUUUUCGGACUACGUCGAGAAGAUGAAGGAGCUGACGGAGAAGUCGGCCGCCGAGGGUGGCAAGUGAGAGCUGUCACCUGACCGCCCGCCCAGACAGCCACCGCCCACCCUUCGCUCCGGUGGCGCCCCAGGGUCAUCCAGUGCAGCGACGACACCGUCGUGCUCCCCGACAUGCCGCACCGCCCUUUGGGGGAACGCCGCCCCGUGGUCUUUCAGCAUCGGCUCGGCGCACCGACCAACCGACUGGCUGACCAGAGAGGAGAGGAGGAGGGUGUGCGCGACUGUUGCGGCUUCUUCUCUCCGCGACGGGGUGCAACCGCUAAGCCGCGCAGCGGAGGUGGUCCCGUCCCUGGCGCGGCUUCUCGACGUUGUUUUUAGUGCACCCUGUGGUGGACAGCUGCGAUGAUGACGAGGACCUUUGACAAAAUGAUGCCGACGAAAAAAAAAAUAUGUGGAAGAGCUUGGAAGACUUAGGCGACAAGAACUUUAUUUCGAGAAGACAGAAGGGGGGAGGGGGAAGAAAGAGAGACAGCUGGUGGUUGUGUGGAGGAAGACUGUGGUUGACUGUGGCCAGUCGGUAUCAUCGAGGGCUGGUCGGCGUGUGCGUGUGUGUGUUGUUCGGGAGGCCAGUCUGCGUUACCAAAGGCCCCUGUCAGUGUCGCCGAAUGGUCCCGCCUGCACCGACGAGGGCCAUUCGACCAUUCUUGGAGGUAAUUCGACGUCGCAUGUUGGGAAGCGCCUGUCAGGCGGCCGGUGUCGCCUUCGUCAAGGGCUGCCUGGCACCAGCAGACAACGGUCAGCGUCAUCACUAAAGGCCACAUGGUGCCGUCGAAGUCGGCGAGCUUCGACAACUGUUGGUUCGCGAGGCGGCCCUGCAGUUCGCUGUCGGCAGCGGAUACCACUGAUGACGCCGGAGAAAAUCCGUCUUAGCUCGCCGUUUUUUUUUUUUUUCUAUCGUUAUCAUGUUUCUAAGACUGUCAUCAUCUAUUGUUUUGUACUUUUUUUUUUCUUGUUUCUCACUGUUCCCCCUUGCCAAUGCUCCCUGUGUGAGUCGUGUCCUGGGCACCUAAGAGAGUGAUAGCAUGUUCUUGCUGUCCGUGAUAAUUGAGCCUGCACAGCUGACGUCCCGGUGAUGUUGUGCUGCUGUGUGGGCUCAAGCCUUUGGAGGCGCUGCUCGAACGUAGCACAGCUGGGAAAAUGUGAAUGAAUGAGUUGAAAUGGCGAGGAGAACAGAGGCCUGGCUUUGGGAGCAUUGGCAAGUCAGAGUUUGCAAGGGCUCCGAGUGAGAGAGAGAGCGUGAGAGAAAGAGGGAAAGAAGUGUGGAGAAUUGAAGGUUUAAGAGAGUGGAUUAUUUGAUGGCUCGUCACUACUCCAGUGCUGAUUGGUUUCGGCACAAAAUUGUUGGUGUUGCGUCCAGUGCUCUCACGAUCCUGUUCUUGGCGAGCGGUGCCCCUUAGGUUUGUCGACAUGGGUAUUCUGCGAUCCUGCGCUGGCAGCAAGAAUCAAAGUUGUGUGGUUUGCACCGUGGGGUAGUGUUUCUCGACGUGCUUGUGCUGGAGACCCUGCAUGCACCUUUGAAAACUUGAUGAAUACUGGAACACGAUCCGUAGUAUUUGUUUAUUUAUAAUUCUCACUGGUUUGGGGAGUAGUGCUGCAUUACGUGAGUAGGGAGGCUGCGUAAGCUGGAAAGUGUCUUUUACAAGAUUGUGUAACUAAAUAUGUUUCCUCAUAUAAUAUGUAUUAGAAUAUGCACAAAGAACCUCAAGUUUUGUUCAAGGUUUAGAAAAGUCAGAUGCACACUACAAAAAUGGAAAUAACUCCGAUAAAAGAACUAAAAGCAUGCGGUACACAUGUGAAGAACUGUUUUACGUUAUUUAAAGAACAUGAACUCAAUGAGCUGCAAGAAAGGUAAUGCAUUUAUGCUGUAAGAUUGUAGAACUGUAGAUUAUACAAGAAAAUAUGUUCUGCUAAUGUGUGGAUCACCUAAAGUAUCUUGUAUCGCUUUAUUUAGCUACAUGACUCUCUCAAAUGAGCAGAAGCUGUGUAAAAGGUGCAAACAGGUUCGUAAGCUGUUGUAAGCGGUCAUUGUGAGCCUCGCUAUAUUUUUUUUAACGAAGAACCAGGUACUUGCUCUGCACUCAUAAAUGUUUUUGAAAAGAGCAGAGGGUCAGCAGACUAGCAUUUGAGAAUCGCUAUCUCGGGGUAGCCGUGCGAUCUUGGGACGAUCCCGAAAGGUGUACUGCACACUCGCAUGUGAAUGCUUUUAAGGAGUACUGACAGAUGUUUUCAAAGUUGCAUUUCUAAAUUUCCACACGUCAAGGGACAGCGCUUUGCAAAUAUGAAGGUUGGGAAACACUUUAGGCAGUUUAGUGGGAUACUAAAGUUGGCCUCAAAAUACCAGUACUGGCGUCGCCGAUGCUACCGUGAUGUCAUGUCACUGAGGAAGACUUGCUGCCAUCACCUACCAAUAAGACUAAGUAUGAUGAUGUUGCUCAUAAAAAAAUAAAUAAAUGAGAGUGCUGCGGAGGUUUCUUUUGGCUAAACUCGCAUGUGUAAGCCACAGCGAUCACAGUAGCACUUUUGGUUGGUUUGCAGGGUUUCGACGCUCACCAAAUGCUGAGAAACACAGAGUCAGAUAUGCCAUGCUGGUACUCCUUUCAGCUCUGGAGGUGUGACGAGCCAUCGGGACAUGUGCCAGUCAGUUUGCCCGGUGAUACCAGAGUGAGAGAUGUGAAAGAUAGAGGAGUGUAGGCAAUGUUUUUUCAAAGGAAGGCACGCGACCGAGCAUCACAGCCCUCUUGAUACACACGCAGCUGACGACUAGAGCCGUCAGUGGUGUCUCUGGCACAGCCAUUCUCUGGAUGCGCUUGCGUCCAGAGUGUUCCCGAGUCGAAGCACUUUUGUGGUCACCUUGCACAUUGGCGCUUCAGUACUCGGCACCUGACUGCGCAUUUACCACUGAUUUAUUGCCUGGUCAGACUGGCAAAUUUAGGGUCACUUUGAGCGAGUGCACUUUGCUUCACUGCAUAUCACUUGACAGCUUGACGUUACACAGUAGAACAAGGUGUCCUUCAGAAUUGAGGGCAGGAAAAGCAUUCGUAAUGACUGUUAUUGUUUGGAAAUGAGUCCAUAGUACUUCUUUGUUUUUGUAUUUGUUAUGAAAAUUACAUAAGAACGAACUCCUCAGACAGCGACACCAUCGUGCACCUGGGCAAUCUUCUAAUUCACUGUAGUGUUGCAUGCAAAGCAAAAACGUAAUGGUGCCCACUAAAAUUGAGCAUUGCAUGUUUGACGGUUCUUUUUGUUGACUGAAACAUGUGCAGUUGGAAUAAUGUGCAGGCAGUCCAUUUUCUUCCGUUUUCAUUUACCCUUAUAAAUGCUGUCGUCGAGGCUACGCAUGUUGAAAAAGGUGGACAAGUGAAGCAUUUUCAUCGGAUGCACUCGGCUGUCAAGUAAACUCGACACUUUCACGUGUGACAGCCCCCUAAUACCGAGUGACACUUGCUGGAAGUGACUCUAAGUUCGCCUCCAACGAGCAAAUGAGCCAUUCUUGUGUGUCUAGAGCCGUCUCUGAUUUGUGUGUGUGUUAAGUAAGGUCUGUGAUGCGUGGUCACGUGACGUUGUUUGCAUCGGCAGCUUCAUGCCAGAGGCUGACCGGUUUUGUUGGAGUUUGUUCAGAGUUGAUUGCAUUGUUGGAGGAGCAGAGAGUCAAAAGGCAUUGUUGUUGAUCGUCUGAUGCAAUGAAGUUUUUGUCUUUGGACGUCGGCAGUGUUGUUGGAAAGGGCUUGGUGCAACAUGACAGUUCUGAUGAUGGAAUGGUUUGGCUGGGACUUUCAGGAGCUGUGGAAGUACCGUAGAGAGAGAAAGAGAAUUGGAUCGUUGCAGAAGUGCUCAACUGCUCAUGGAGCUGUAGAGAUUGCAGUGUCACUGCUAUCCGUAGUUGAAAGACUUUUUUUUUCUGCCCUCCUUUUUUAAGAGCUGGCACAAUGUAAGCAGCGGGAAUGAACCUCUUGGGACAGUGCUUCGUUGCUGUGAGGAGCUUUCAAGUUAAGAGACGCUAUUAGCUGACCAACACUAGCUUUGCGGCACCCCUAAUAUCGUUUGAUAUAUUUUCACACCACUGAUGAGAUGUUCUGCUGAUGGCAUUGCGUCGUCAUUAAUGUGACUGUGUGUCUAGCUAUCUAGCAUAGCUUGAAGGUUUCAGACGUGGAGCAUGCAUUUUGCAAGCCUUCACUUUGUGGGUGUUUCUCUCGCAAAGGUGCUAGAGCGUCUGAAGUCUGUCUGCACUAAAGGCGUUCUGUGAAGUGUGGGUGAACUUGGCGUUUGGGUAUAUACAGGCUUGUAUAUACAUAGCUAUUUUCGGGUUCCUCUUGUGGUAUUUGAUCAUGCUCAUGAUUUAGUCUGCAUGCUUCCGGAUGCUGUUCCCAGUGGAGUCUCGUCUUUUCUAUUCUCUCUCUUUUUUUUUCAGGCAUGUGCACUUCGCUAUUUCUUCUGUAUCUGUUCUAGCCUAGCGUGCUGGUUGCAGAGGCUUCGCCCGUCAACUUUUGUCACAGUUGGCACAUAGUUGGCAUUUGUUUGCUUUUUCACAUUGCGCCCGUAAUUAGGUGCUGCUGCCACCUCCUUCUUAGUUUGUUCUUUACUGAAAGCUAUGUUGCACCACUUGUAGUACAGCCCUUGUGAUGAAAACACUGGGUCACCCAUUAUGCGGGCGAAUAGGUAGAGUGGCAAGUCGGGAGAAAGCAGGGUGACGUGCCGUUAACGGAGCGUGUGAUUUUAGCAACGCGCUCUUUACGGAAAUGUUUUCCGUGUGCGUUGCAGUAAUGCCAUACAAUUCCCGUUUUCUGCUAAUUGCCUGUCGAUCCGCAUCAUUUUCGUAAGAGCAUGUAAAAACAGGAGUAAUUACUGGAAUGGGUGCAGAAUGUCUCAGUAGGGUUUGUACAUAGAACAGCCUUAGAGAAAAAGAAGAAAAAAGUGAAAACAACAGAUCGGAAGAGCAAGCAUCCUCUCUGAUUUGUCUGUCGUGAUACUACUUUCCUCGGAGAAAAACAGGGACCGGGAAUGGAGUGGUCGAAGAAAGAGUGCAAAAGUCCCGAAUAUGUCUCGUGAGUGGGCAGUGCUUUUUGAUAUGUGAAGAUUUUGCAAUAGUGUCACAUUGUUUCACGAAUGGUAGUGAUACCCAGACAUCGUGGGAAAGCGUUCUCGGAGACAGCCGUGGUUUCCAUCUUCAGAAUUUGUUGAGGUCGUUGCACAUGAAAAAUUUGCGAUGUCACCGAGUCGCAUUCUUUGACAUUGCGCUAAGGCAUGUUUCUGUGACUUGUUCCGUUUUAUCUGCAAAAUUGGUGUCGUGAGCCCCACAACGGGCUCGUUGCAAUCUGCCGAUCAUUGAGCGUCCUGGUGCAAUUCUUAUAGGUUUACUUGUCUAGCUUAGGGUCACCUUUCGUUGCUGCUUUAAGUUUGUGCCCCGAAUGGGUUACAAUGUGCAUUUUCCUCUGCGAACAGAAUUCUGCUUGAAAUUUGUGCUGCAGACAAAUGGUGCCUUUGUGGGCGUGUGUAAUAGAUGCAAGAUAUUCUGCAAGCAGGUCCUUUACUACUAGUGAGGUUGCCCAAUUUCAGGAUCAGAAAUUACCCACGAAAUUCUAACAAAAGAAGUAGCCAAAAACUAGCCAACCUGGGUAAAGCUGCAUGGGACAUUGCAAAACUUAUAUAGAUGCUACAACAAAUUCAUGCUUUAGCUUUAAAUGAAUGUCGCUACAUUUGUCUACUUCAUACACUGUAAUUGAUACACUUUAGGGAGGUACAUUGUGUUUUUUGUGUGGGGUUAGUGUGGUGCUUCCUUGUUUCUUUGAUGUGCCUAUUUUCGACAAUUGUCAAUAUCAGGCUCUAAAGUUAAAUAUUCUAACAAUUUGUCCUUUGUCCGAAUUGAACUAAAGCUUGCUCUUAAGGCAGUACGAGGAUAUGGUAGCUGCAGUGUUGAUGUGGCAUCAAACCUCUGCCAGACUACCAGUAGUCUGGUCAGAUAAAAGCAUGAUUGAAUUGGGUCAGUGACUCAAUCUUUUUGAUCAUUGUCGAUGUGUUGUGCAAACUGUCCCUUUUGGCAACAAACAGAGCGCUAAUCAUGUAGCAUUGGUAUUUUCUCUAGGCCUUGCGCAAAUGUUCUCUGAUGGAUGCAAUGGGAGUUGAGUCACAGAACCCAGAAAGGAUGCAACUGCAAGAGUUGGCAUUGGAGAUGCUUUCUGUGUUCUGUGUGUUAAAAGCACUGCCAUCCGAAGCUGUUGGAGGAGAUGAACAAGGCAGCCCUAGCAUUUCAGAGAGUUAGGCCAAUGUAAGCCGUGUGUUGCACUAGCAUGGCUAUUUGUAGGAGUAUUUUGUCUUUGCAUGGGGCUAUGGAUGAUCCAACAUUAAGCUACAUUGGCCAUGCUGUAAUAACUUGGAAUAUCUCUGCCUUCUUGUGAGCACAAUGACUACACACAUUUCAUGCUUAGGCCUUUGUUGGCGUUUGUUGAGCUGUAUAAGUUUGGGGUACAGUUAUUCACUGCUAAACAUUAGCAGCAUAGAACACAAUGUUAGCACAGCAUUAGGCCAUAAUUGGUGGGGAUAGGUAAGAUAUUGUGGUAUGUUAGGUCUGUCCUGGACAAUAAUAUGGUGCAAUGCAAUGCUGGCCCGUGAAUAGUCCAGCAUUGGGCCUUGUCAGACUAUACGUUGGAUUGUGCUGGCUUUUUACCAAGUAAUAUUCGGCAUACAUAUAGCUAAUGUUGACCUCACAUUGGGCUUACAUAGGCCUUGCUCAUAUUGCUGCUUUGAGAGAGGAAGUCUGUCGAAGCGUGACAAGACUCAGUUCACAACCUUAUUGAGACUCAAGAUGACAACCUUGUCGUAUGCACCUUAAGCUGCUUUACAUUGCCAAUCUUGCUACUUGUUCUGUUAUCGUUCACUUCUCCUUUUUAAAAAGUUCUAGCGAGUCUUGCCAUCCAAAGUGUGCUCUUUUGUACGCCCACUCCACUGGCUUCCAUAUUCGUUGCGUCUUUAUUUUGGCAGUGACUUUGAAUGCACUCAUGCUCUUGCAUGAGCAAGUGCAUGAGAUUCUUGGGGGAGAAAUUCCGUGAGUCUUCAGUAGGAAAUCACUACAUUUUAGGGUCAGAAACUACGGUGAUGGCAGAGCUUGAAAUUAUUUUAUUCAUUUGACAUUUUUUGUAAACUGCUGUAUGAAAAAAAAGCGACUUCUCACACAGGUAUGAAAGCACCCCGAUUAUACACGUAAUUGAAAGUGAAGGCUUAGCUGUUAGCUUAGUAAGCCUGAACUCUGCAAUGUAUUUCAACCUGGGAUUAGGGCUUCAUGUCCUCUGAUUAUUUAGGAGCUGCUUGAUAAUUGAUGCCUUAAGAUUCUCUAGCCGGUCUGAAAUGAAUGAAUGAAUGGUGAAGUAAGAAAAAAAGGCCAGGAAAUUCAAUUUUUGCGCUUCUACUUCCAGACACUUUCUGUGCUUCUUGGUACUGGCUGCGUGCCCAUUAAACGACAACAGUACACCUUGCUACCGUUUUAUUUUCCUUCAAUUUCUUUUUGGGCAGUCUUGCCAUAUUCCUGAUUCAUCACAGUGAUUGCAGACUACAGCGCAUUGCAUGCACCAUUGAGCUGCUUUCAAUGGUCCUCCUUUUUCCCCGAAGUGUGUUUUUGUUUUUGUGCCUGUUCACAUUUUGUGAUGCAUUGUGAGCCUAAGUAGCAACAGGUGUAGCCACAGGGAGAUAGAAACAAGUCGUGCCACUGUUGCCAGCUUGCUGCAUUUUCAGAUUGAUCGAAACCUGUUAUUCGACGUGACCAGUGUUCUGUGCCAGCGUCACUAGUUCCACGAAGCUCUGCAUCGUUCACUUGGAACAGAUAUAGAUUUGUGAAUGUUACAUUAAUAGUUUUUUUGAGGCAUUUAUCGGGCUUUCUUCGGGGUGUGUGCAUCUUUGGUAAUGUGUGGAAGAGCUGCGGCACACAAGCAGCAUUUGCAAGCAGUUGUCUGUAAUGCUAAAGAGUUCUGGUGUGUUCCAGUUCUUUACCUAAAUGGCUACCUUGCCAUCUUCACCAGAGAGUUGCCACAUCAAGUCCUGUUGCAAUCCAAAUAAUGGUGGCACAGAAGACACAAAAUCUGUGAUGAAGCUGGCAGCGAGGUCAAGCACUCGUUUCUUCAAUGUGAGGCGCUGUUUAGCUGGACUUCUUGUCAUGUUAAAGGCUUGUUGUUGACAUGCAUUCAGUGUGCAUGCUCUUUAGGCGAGCGUCAUCGGCCUUGGGAAGACUCAGCUUCGCAGAAGGCAAUGUGGGUGAGCCAUAAAAACUGCUACUACCAUCAGAGUGCUUAUCCAUUAACAGCUGUUGUCUGUCAUGACACACUGUGUGCAACCACAUGGCCCAAAAUAUGGAAUGACAUAAAUAAGUGUGAUAGUACUCUGCUGGUUUUUAGAAGGAAAAGCUAUUUGAAAGUAACAGCCUUUUGGUUGUGCCUUCUUGACAAAAAUUUUACACUAGGUGGCAAGCAAGCAUUGUCGAAAAUUGUUAAUAUAGACAUUAAAACCUGCUUUCUUAUACGUCUAAAGAGGCAGUGUGGUUUGUUUUAGUAGAUUUGGACACAGAUUUUGUUGUCGAUACUCCACGCCUGCUAUAAAUGGUGGCACUGUCAGGUGACUAAAGGUUGUGCUAUUUCCAUUAAUGCCAAAGAUGGCUGUAGCAUAAAAUGACGUACUCUGCUUUAGUUUUUCCUGUAUGGGCCACUCUCAUUAACAGGAGCAUUGACAAUGAACAGCUGGGAAAUACUUAUUUCCUGUUGAAUUGUCUCAAGCAAAAGAUUGAUGGACUUAGCGCUUUGCAUCCAUGCAGAACAAGAAAGAGGAGGUGGACUUCAUGUGGGCUGCUUUGUAGGGCACACAGUUGCAAACCUCAGCAGAAGAAAGAGAAGGCAUUAUUGCCUUUGCUGUACUCCUUGACAUUCAAAGAAUUCAGUACAAGCUUUGCCCACAAAGCCUAGCAAUACCUUCUCAUUGUACCUGUGCACUCAAAAACAAUUCCAGAGAAGUUCACGCCAUUGUUUAAGUUUGAAUCCAUUGGACAUGACAAAAAUGAGUGAAGGUAAUUGACUGGCGUGACUCUGCAAGUUCACUCUGCAUUGGACAGUCGUGUUAUUUGCCACUGCCUAAGUUGGUUGUCUUUGACUGUAAUGUGAGUUGCAAGUUAUGGUGGGCUUUGAAACUCUGUUUGUCCACAUUCCGCUAGCUUUUGUAAUGCUGCAUGGAACUUGUGACGCUGAACUGCAGGCACGCACUUUUUCCGAUUCACCUGGGUCAUUAACGAGAGGCCAGCUAUGUGGCAGCACAGUGGCACUGACAAUGUGUUCUCCAUCUCCGUGUGCAUGCUGUGUUGUGGCUAAGCUUUGCCACUGAUCAGCUCAACAAGUGGAGUGUGUUGUGCACGUGCGGAGGGAGAUGUUUCUGCUUCAGCGCCUGUAACAUGAAAUUUAUUCUGUGAGCUUGAACCCCUGUUUCGUGUCUUAAAUUUAGUGCUGGAAUUAUUCUGUCCAUCGAAAGACAACAUAGAAACUGAUACAAAUGUAUAGAAACUCGUUCUAAGGGAAAUGGUGGUGUGUUGCUGGCAGCCUUAGUAGCAUGCUUGCCAUUAACCAAAUUCCUUUUUGCCGUCUGUGGGGGAGUCCUGUGUUUGGAGAUGCCCCUGGCACUUCGCAACCUCAGCAUGGUAUCUGCAUUCUUUACAAACUGUCGAAUAGACUCCAUGCUAGGGUGUAAGCUAAGUGUGCAAAAGAAAUGUGCAACCUUGUCACACCUGCCAAUAUUGUGCAUGGAAACAGUGUAUACCUGCUGUGGCACCACUUUUGUUGAGGGAAAUUGCACGUGCAAUCUGUGUUUCAUGUUUAGUGGUGAAAUGUCGAACAUGGCAGCUUGUUGCUGAACAUUGCAGUAGGAGCUCUAUGGUUUCUAUUGCAUCUAGAAUUUCCAGAGAGAGUGAGGAGAACAUACGCAUCCCUCCACAAAACCUAGAAAAUUAUUUCAAGUUCGACGUGACUGAGGGAGAGCAUUUGAUGCAGGCUGCACAGAAGAGCUCUGUGAAUUCUGUUACAAGCUGACUGUCCAAAUGGUAACUUUGAGAAAAAAGACAAAGGUUGCAGAACACUUUUCUGGUGAGACUUGUUCUCAGGCUCACUUUGAACAACAAAGCCAGCAUAGUAUGAUGACAAGCCCUUUAUCUCGGCAAUAAACUUUAGCCAGUGGGAUAAAAAAAAUGAACCUUGAGAUCUAGCUACUAUAGAAAUUGGUUGACCGCUAAUGUUGCUGCUUUCUCAAAGCAACUGCUCUGUAAUGCCCAUUCUGACUUCAAACAAGCAGUGUUGUCGUUCUGUUGGGUUAGCUCUGUAAGGUCCGUUUGGCAAUUCAAAGUAUGUUCCACAGCAUGAAACAUGCUCUUUGGUGCCACGCCUGAACUAGUGAAUGAUGUGUGGGUUAUGCAUGGGUGGUUAUGUGGGUUACGUGGGUUAUGUGGGUGUGGUUAUGUGGGUUAUGCAUGUGUUAUGUGUGAGUGUGCAUGUGCAAAUGUCUAGAAAGUGCCAUUCCCUAGGCACAGUCAAAGUAUGCAUGCUGAUGUUUUUGUGGUGUCUUUCUAAACCUUGCUGUGAAGAUUGUGGAAGAAAAAAAAAUAUAUAUAUCUACAUUGUGAUUGGGCCACCCGUUAAGGUAUGCGCCGAGAUGUUGGAAGAGAAUACAAAUUUUGAACACGUGAAUAGCGAAAAAAAAAGAAAAACAUAUUACACAGCCCUGCUUUGGUUCAUCAGCGAGGUCGACGGGUAGAAAGUUGUUCAGUCAUUAACAUUUUAGACACAAAUUCGUCUACACUAAAGGGACGUUAAGCAAGUGCAAUAUUCUAGGGCAGCCGCUUUUGAGGGUGUCAUCACUUCCACAAGAUUUCAUGUAACUUGGCAGCGCACGCAUCUGUACAUGCCACUGAUAGCAUCUCUGAUGCUGUGCCAAUCUCGCUAUUUAUGCACAGUGCCAGGAAUGCUGUCUGCCGUGUACUUUGACACGUCCAGUGCCGAGUUGUGGAAAAUCUUGCGACAUUGAUCUUGUCCUCAAGCGUGAUUGCUCAAGAAUACCAUCCCAGAAGUGUUAAGCCAAUUUAGACUGGCACAAUAUUCUUCCAAAAUUAUUUCUGCACUUUUAGUCAUAAUGACAAUCUUUAUUAGUUAAUUAUUGCCUUCAAGAACUGUAGCUUUAAAUGGGCAGCCACAUUUCUUUUUUAUUUCUACAGUUUUAUGUUGCCAGGAAGUGAAUAUAAACAGAGUAAAACAGUUCCUCUGUUUAUGAGCUCCUUAUUGUUGAACUCUGUAACAUUGUGAUCGCAAGCGCUAUAGUAAAUCUGCAACACCUGCGUCGAUAGUAGCCGUGUUCCCUCUGCCCGUUAACCUCGCCGAGUAUCUGCACUGUGUAUUUUCCUAGCAUUGGGCACUACCCCUGCGUAUGUAUAACCAUUAUAGACUGCACACAUUGAUGUUCUUGUGUAUCUUGACUGCCCCAUACUGACAAAGCUGUACUGUGAUAUUAGGAGACUCCAUCUUGUGGAGAGCACUGGAGUUCCUCAAACAUGUUUCUCCUUCUCUCGAAGCCGUCUGUUGUCACCAUGCUGCCGUCCAGUAGCCUCGCCACACGAGAAGGGUUCAAUGCCAGUCGGCCUGGACGAGUCACGCUUCUGCACGCACAUUGCGACAGUAUUGCGGUGCUGAGGGACAGCCUCUGAUUCGGCAUUUCCGAAACACACCUUUGGUUAUCGCGGCUGUGAUGCACCCCAGUUUACCUGAACAAUGUUGUUCUUGACACUGUGGCGAGGGUAUUGCACGACUUGUGCUUUUCCCGAUGAGCAGCGGAGCCCUUGUAUGGCGCAGCGAUGUAGCAUGGCCAUUGUGGCACGUCUUGGCUGUGCACUAAGUACAGUCGGACCCUGAUGUGACCAGAAUAUAACGAGCACGGAUAAAAUGAAUUAUUGGAUGUAGUGGAGUAAAUCUUAAAUAUUCCUUGCUGACAUCACUAUGUAGCGAAUACAUGCUUAUAUGAAAUAUCGGAUAUAAUGAAGGUAUUUUCAUGUCUGGUGUGGUUUUGUUAAAAUGAGGUUUGAUCAUGUGACAGAUGCGAAAAGUGAUGUAAAAGCAAAUUAUGUUCAUUCUCCCAUAGCAGAUUUUGCACACUGUGCCGGCCCACUUUCAUAUCCGUAAGGUGAGCUGUGUACUAAUGUAAUCCAGGGUUCGACAGAACACUGUCUGGUCAGGUAGAAGCAUCUUCGGUAUAUCAGGUCACUGACCAAGCUUGAGGUUUCGGGAUCUGAGCAGAUCCCGAAAUGUCAAGCUUUGCGUGUCUCACAUUGGUCAGUGACCUGUUGUACUGAAGAUUAGUUGUAAUGUUGACCUGUAUCAACCGGCUUGCUAUUAUCUGCCGAUGCAGCGAGGUGCUGCUAGAACAUUGCUUCACCAGUCUCGCUGAGUUUGUCGAUAAUGCCAGGAAUAUAAGAGAGGCUUUAAUCUCAACCCCAGCUGUAAAAUGCAAGGGCUUUGCUGCAACAUCAAAUUUACGUGCUGCACUGGCAGUUUUUUCAGUGGGCUUUCAACCGGUUUCUAUGGACUCUUUGCUGUCACGUAUGAUUGGUGCUGCUGUCAUGCAUUUUGGAGCACUCCCUCGCAAUGCCACUACUGUACCUAUUAGUGCGCAUUUGUGGUAUGUGUGUUGCAUGAAUAUGUGUGUGCAUGUGGCCGUAAUGUAUAACGGUAGGCUUGCAUGUGCGUGCAUGCAAUGAAAGCAGUGUUACGUCAAUGCCAUCUCUUUUGUCCGAUGAGAAUUCUUUUUGUUGACCCACUGCCUUGCAUGUUUUGAUAUGAACAAGCACUGUUCGAGGAGCUCGUGCAGCAUGUCGCUUGUCUUGUUUUGUUAAUCAAGGAGGCAUUCACAUAGUACUGUUGCUGAGGUAAAUCACUGUUAUGUACUUUCCUCUAUUAGAGGGGCCCUGCCACACUUAAAGUUGAUGAACAAAACAACCCAUCUGGUCACUCGUUCGUUGUCUCCUCGACAACUGAGCCAAAUGUACUGUGCCUUUGCACAUGGCACAUGCAAAUUUGCAUCGUAAGGUUGCUCAUUCUUGUGGUUGCUUAUCCUUGAAGUUGAUCCCCUUUCAAGGGUAUAAAGAGCUUUUAGCUAUAAUUUAUUUAUUUAAGUGUAUGUUGGAGACAUUCCUGUGGAGCAUAGGGCCAUAGAGAGGAUUUUGCAUGUCAUGAAAAAUGACGAUUAUAGUGAAAACAUUGUAGUGACAAAAUCAAUGGAAACACUUGCAGAAAUAAACCCAAUAUGCAAUACAUUGAAAAAAAAAAACUGAAGGUUGACUAAAGGAUAAGUAAAGCAAAAUGACACAGUAGCAAACAACUGUGAACCUACUGUACUAUGUAGCCAUCAGAAGCAAAAGCCUACAAAGCACAUCAGAAAAACUAAGAAAAAUCAGGAAAGCAUACGUCGCCUUGAAGAAGACAAGUCCACUUGUUGAAACGUUGGCUCCUGCAUUCACCUUGUUCCCGUUUUGCUCAUCAUCAGAAAAACUGGAAAGACGAGCUGUUAGUUUUGUCCCUUGGUAUGUGUUAAUAAGCGUUGAGAGCUUUUUCUUGUUAUUUAUGUAAGAAAUGAUAUCUGGAAUGGCACACCACAACUAAUUGGCACAUAAAACACAUAAAAGCACUGAUGAAUCGGACAGCCAUGCUGCCAUUGGUUUGCGUGGGGCUGAUAAUCUCCACAUCACGCAAGCUGACUUGCAGAGAGAGAGCUCAAGAAAUUCUAAAGAUGGAGAUGUCAAAAUUUGUUUAGAUUCCCUUCAGCAGCAGGGAUGAUGAAAGCAUUAAGAAGAAAGCAAACUAAUAUACCGGGUGUCCAUUUUUUUUAUAUGGUCCAAAAUUUACAAAAAUUGCCUGCAUCAGAUAGUACUAGUCUAUCCCCUGGUCUAAAUUACUCGAUGAGGCGGCCACUACUUCUACGAGAAAUCAAAAUGCCUCAUUAAAUAAUUACUGUAGCUAUGCUAAUUAACUUUUAAAAUUAAUUCCUUUGCAGCACAUCUAAAUAUACUAAUUAUAGCCGGUGAGCUCACAAGACGUAUCCAUUUGGAACGAAUUCUCUGGACUGCACCAGUUUCGAGAUAUCAAUUUUCAAAGUGUCCGACCAAAUGCAUUAGUGUUCCAGUUACUUUUGUGCUUCAAUGCAUAAAACAUUUUGUUAAAAGGAGUAAUUGGAAUGCCAUUGCAUUUCAUAAGAUACUUUGAAAGUUAAUGUGUUGAAACUGGUAAAGUCCAGAGAAUUAAUUCCAAGUGGAUAUGCCUUGCGAACUCACUGGCUAUAAUCCGUAUAUUUAAAUCUGUGCCGUAAAGUAAUUAAUUAACAUGUUAAGUAGGGUAAUUACCUGACUAGACAUUUUGAUUUCUCAUAGAAGUAAUGGCCAGCCCAUCAAGUAAUUUAGGUAAAAGGUUAGAAUUGUGCUAUCUGCCACAGGCAAUUCUUAAGAACGUUCGACCUUUAAAAAAACACCCAGUAAAACUAAAAAAAGAAAAAAAAAAAGAAAAAAAAAACUGGCAGAGAAAGAGCAGAUAGCAAAAUAUGUCAGAAGGCCAAGCUGUAGGCAUGCAUGCAGAAAGAAUUUUCUUUCUGUACAAACCCCAGCUUUUGCUGACUGAAGUACAGCUUGUUGUGUGUUAGGGGUAGCAAAAAGAGAUCGAAAUCUUGCUACUUGCAAAGAUAUUUUGCAAUUUCGCCUUGCUGAAUGCAUUGGAAGAACCUGUUCUUCUUCUUUUCUUUUUUAAGGUAGACAUUUGGGAGGUCAUGUGUUACCAUAUUCAGGGCACUUCGAAGCUUCGUUCAAAAGUGCCAUAGGGCCCCUUUAAAUUCGACAAGUUCUAGUUUUUGCUCGGAACUUGUACACGUAGAUAAUUGAGGAAGUACCGACACAGCAGUACUAUGGCAGAACUAGGCUACCCUAUUCCUUAAUAAGUUGUGGAGCCUUCGCUUGCUUUGUGCUCUGGGUCGUGAGUAAUCUUUGUAAUGCAUGUGUCUUUAUAUUUGUCACAUAUGCAGCGAGGCUUGACUGACAGGCACGUGCAAGUAAGUGCUCGAGGUCCACGUCUUGCUGUGUGCGUGGUGCCCAGCAGGUUGCACAUCUGUUUCCAGUGGCUGUGCGGGCAAAAUAAUUUAGCUAGUAUAAGCCCAAUUAAUGGCUUGGUGGAGUGCCUGGAUUUCCCUCGGACAAUUGGAACAGUGUGGGGCCACAGCAGAGUACCUCGUUACCAUGUUUAAAACCUGCUUGCAGAUCAAUGUUGUUAACUGCAGUCUUCUGUCAUUUAGACUAAACCUUGUUCUGUAGCAAUGCUAAUGACAUCAUUGCUACUUGAAACACAUGUCCAAUGAAUAUCAAGGGUGUUUUUUUUUGUUUGUUUUUUCUGGCUAGAAAGAACAGAAGGCUGCCUAAUGACGUGCGGCCCUUGUAGUUUGGAAACAGCUGGCUCCUUGCCUUGUAGUGAAUUCCUCCUUUUGACAUGCAAGGGUUUGAGUGCUUUGUGCCUUUUCUGCGUCCUAUGUGUUUUGCUUAGAAGGGAAUCUAGCUCGACCCUGCAGGGAAUUUGUGAGCCAGCCCAGCCCUGCAGAUUACCUUGUAGCAUUGCUUCAGUGUUCUAGUGGUUGUCAUGGCUAUAUGCUGAUCACGUCUGGGCUGUAGGUGUUCUCUCCAUGACCAGGUUUGAAUUGAGGAGCAGUGUAUAGGACAUGCAAAGACGCUGUGGGUGUGUUCUUGACGUUCGCAAUAUAGGAUGUUAACGGCAUCAGUACUCUACAUUUCUACGUGUCUGGGUCCACGCGGGCGGGCAGUGGUGUUGGGACAUUGAUUUUUUUUUUCUGUGUACUUUCUAAUCCCCACAGGCGAGGAAGCUUGCACAAUCUUUUCUUUUUCUAAUUUUUAGUUUUGCAGAAACAUGAUUGUUAAUGUAGCGGAAUAUGUCCUUAUAGGCAGGUUCAUUGCAUGAAACUCGUUUGGGCGAACCCUUUCCUUCUUGUAAAGUUCUUGUCGCAUUGCACGUUCCUCAUGUAGAGCAGGGCAGAACUCUGCUGUGCAGCAGAAAUGUGGACAGUGGGUGUCUUCCUAGCAGCAGACGAAGGUGAAACGAAAAUAUUGUGAAAAAAAGAAAAAAAAAUGUGUUAUGAUGAUGUGCAGGGCGUCCAUCCAAGGGGAAACACAGCAUUCAGUAUUCAAGCGCUCGUAGAAGCUUGAAUUUCAAACAAAGGCCUGCAGACCAACCUAUCCUUGGGAAUUGUAUUGGCCGCUUGUAUUCUCAGUUGAGAAGAAGCAUUCGGUUGCCGUGGAUACUAAUUAAGGUCCAUAUUCACAAAACUUCUCUUAGGUAGCUGCCACCUGCUGUUGGUCAUCACCGUGUCGAUCAUCUUGUUGUCAUCUCAAUUGCUAACUUGAAUGGCAGGUGCCCACAGGCCAGCUAGUGAAAAAGCAUUCUGUAGAGAAGUUUCGUGAAUGCAUGUCCAUGUGUUUUCCCCUAGAUGUAAACGACCCACGUACGCCUGUACACAUUUCAACUAUAGAACCUUGCGCCGUAAGUGUGCAAGCAUUUGUUCUGUUUAAGAGCGGGAAGCUCUGUACAUACAAAACUCUAGGUGAGGGCAAAAGGGGGGAGAGCAGGAGCAGCACCAUUGGUCAGUUGCAGAUUGCUUCAUGCAUCAAUGGGAGCACGAAAACAAAGAAAAAAAAAAACAGUGUGGCGAGGACAGAGUUGAGCGGGUGUGUGCUUUCUUCUUGAAUGUUGUUUUUACUGCCUCAGCUGUGAAUUGCCAAGGCCUGUGUUGUUUGUACUAGUAAAGAGUAUUUGUGCGUUCUUUCUCUAGGAUGAGCAUCGCAGCCUCCCCACAGGUGGGGGUGGAGUUGGGGUGGGGUGGCUCGCUACAAGAGCAAUCAGUUCUCGUGAGUUGUCUCGUUGUUGGCGCCUUUGUUUACGUGUCCGAGGGGUCGUCUGCAAACUUGUGUAUGUGCGUUAAUUAGCCAGCACGCAGUGAAUUUGAUCGACAGAGGGGAAGAGGAACACCUCCAUGCCUCAUAUGUAAUGUCACCCCAUGACUGAACUUGGGUUUUCCAGACAGAAGACAAAGUAUUGCAUUGUCUUUUUUUUUUUCACCACUCUUCUUUGUCUGGGUGCUUGGUACACUACAGGAUGUGAUUUGCAUCCAUCGCGGCUGUGCUCAUGAGGCAAUCUGUCAGAAUCGUUGCUCGUAAUUUUGUAGAACCAGCAGAGACACUUGUCGUGUCGAUUGGGAAGAAGUUGACUGAAAACGUCGAGUGGGCUUGAGCUCAUUGUGACACCCUCGCAGGUUGAGGCAACCGUCCAAAGCUAGCAGGCGACCAUUUUGCAGCUCUCUCUAUACUGUCGGUUUCAAAUGAUUGCUCCCUCCCCCACCAAUGGUUGUUUGCUGCAGGCCGAUAGGUUGCCCAAAGCCUGUACCAGUGUCGCAUGUCCCAUCAUCGCCUGCCUAAUUUUUUACAGAAAAUGGGGAAAACAAUCUUUUGCAGCGACUUAAUGUUCUAAGAAACAAGGUGACAAAGAGCCAGCAUUAAAAAAAAAGAAAUGUGCAUGACAACACAACCUCGGACUGAUUCUGUUCGGUCGUUUAGAAGAAAAACAAAUGACACUGUUGGAUUUCCAUAAAUAAAGACAAACUUCAUUA